GUCCCUGAAUUUUCCAGUAUCAACCAAGACGUGGUUUUCCUGCGUCCCGAAGGAUCCUAUAUAAAGCAGCAUGCUGGGCUCAAACCACGUCUCCUAAGGAUUUGAAAACUGAAGGACUGCUCAAACAAGCCAUCGCCCACCUCAAAUUCCUUAUUAAUAACGAAAAGGACAAUAGCAUGUUUCUCCACUCACCAACGAAUGACAUCAAGGAGUGCUGCUCUCGUUCUGCUCUCGAGUGCUUCAAAUCAGAGCUUAAAUCCACCAACCAUAAGAAUCCAAUGGUGAGGAAACUGGUCAGAAAUCUGGGCAAGCCUACCAUCAUGAAUAGCGUGAACACCUGCACUGAGGACGAAAUAAAGAAAACCAAGUGCAUGUCCUGUGACUCCUACCCGAGGGUCAGCAGCAAACAAUUUCUGAGUACUUUACAGUCACGUCUGCAAAUGGCUUAUAGUCGCCUUUAAAUUACAAGCAUGAUGAUGAUGACGACGUGAAUGUGUGGACGACACUACCUCAUGAAACCCUGGUGUAAAGCACUCUGGAUCAACCCAUCUAUUUAUUGCUUAUUUAUUUGUUUGGUUGUUUUUUAUUUUUAUAUUACAAUAGACUGAGAAAUGCCUUAGAAUUUCGGAUAUGUUGGCAGUGUGUUUAGCAGUUUUUUCUUACUGCUAAUUUUGAUUAAUACUGUGUUCACAUUGCAGAGAAAUGUAUUGUAAUGUACAUAUAUACUGCAUUAUAUAGUAUUAACAGUUAUAAACCAGUACAAGAGAGAAAACUCAAGACAAGGCCUGCUGCUGCUAUAGCACCUUCUAAUGGAUGGGCAUAUAUAGUUAUAUUUUUUGCACUUGCAUGAUCACUUCUUUCCCAAGACAGCAGAAAAAAGUUUGGUUCACACUGUCAACUGACGUUAUUUUCAAGAAUGAAAUAAACAAGUAUGUCUCAUAAUGAGACUUUAUGGAUUGCAUAGUUACCCAGUUGUACUUAAUGCAUGUAUCCUAUUGUUUUGUAUUUAUUUACUAUUAAAAUUAAAUUCUCUCAAAUGAGAACUGUGGAUAUUGGUGAUUUCUCUCACAGAACCCCUGUUACAAGAUACAAGUAUAUUACAAGUCAAAUAUUUGCACAUUUUUAUGAAAAACACCACCACAUUCUCCACAACAAAGACUCAUUAG